AUAAGAUCGGACUAGAUCUUGUUAACGCUGCGGAAUCUUUGGGAGCCGGUGGAGCGGAGCUAGUGAUUCCUACGGAAAGAAGAAACGCAGGAAGAGAGCGAAAGAAAAACCUCACCUUUCUCGCAAUCCUGUGUGUUGUGCAGCUGCAUGAAGCUUAAGAUCGCCUGGGCGGAGCGGGAUUUGAGCGCCGGCGGAGAAUGAGAGACGGGGCCAAAGAUGGGCAACUGCGGAACCCGGGAGGAGAACGCCGUAGCCGCCGCUCACGCGCAAGUUCAGCAAAUGCAAAUCUUCCAACUACCAGUUAAGAAUGAUCUUAUGGAGAAAAAACAUGCUCGAACUUUCUCGGAUGUUAGUAACCCCUCGACCCCGCGACGCUUUGAGGAUUCAAGAAAUAUUGCAAUAUACACUGAUGUAAUUGCCUUCACAUUGUUUGAGCUUGAGACGAUUACUAAGAGCUUCCGAACAGACUAUGUGCUUGGCGCAGGAGGGUUUGGCACUGUGUACAAGGGUUAUAUAGAUGAGAAUGUGAGAGUUGGUCUCAAAUCUCUUCCAGUUGCUGUCAAGGUCCUCAACAAGGAUGGCCACCAGGGACAUAGAGAAUGGCUUACAGAAGUUAAUUUUCUAGGACAACUAAGACAUCCUAAUCUAGUGAAGUUGAUUGGCUACUGCUGUGAAGAUGAUCAUAGGUUGCUUGUCUACGAGUUCAUGUUUCGCGGAAGCCUGGAGAAUCACUUGUUUCGAAAUACAACUGCACCACUAUCUUGGGCGACAAGAAUGUCUAUCGCACUCGGUGCUGCUAAAGGACUAGCUUUCCUUCACAAUGCUGAAAGACCUAUCAUCUAUCGAGAUUUUAAGACCUCAAACAUUUUGUUGGACUCCGACUACACAGCCAAGCUCUCUGAUUUUGGUCUUGCAAAAGCUGGACCUGAGGGCGACGAGACCCAUGUAUCAACGAGGGUGAUGGGAACCUAUGGCUAUGCAGCCCCUGAAUAUGUGAUGACAGGACACUUGACAGCCAGGAGCGACGUUUACAGCUUUGGAGUCGUCCUUCUUGAGCUCUUGACAGGCCGCCGGUCCAUGGACAAAACUCGCCCAAGCAAAGAACAAAGCUUGGUCGAUUGGGCUCUUCCCAAUCUCAACGACAAGAGAAAGCUGUUGCAAAUAAUCGAUCCCAAGCUGGAAGAUCAAUACUCGGUUAGAUCUGCUCAGAAGGCUUGUAGUCUGGCAUACUACUGCUUGAGCCAAAAUCCAAAAGCAAGGCCUCUAAUGAGCGACGUCGUGGAGACUCUCGAGCCUCUGCAAUCAAGAAAAGGAAGUGAGGUCUCAUUACAAACACUAAGCAGCAUUGGGCUUGCGGUGAACAAGACCAACGGUCGAAUCGCCAGCAACAGUAUCAUCUGUAGAGCGAUUCCAAGCGCGAAAUGUGAUCCAAAUGCUCUUCCAUCCUUCAGGGUCAAGUGAUUCAAUUAAAUCUUUUGCUCUGAAGUUCAAGGUAUAUAGGGUGAGUCAUUGUACAUCUGCUAUCCUAUUGCUUGUCGACUCUUGUAUGGGUUUUGCUUCGACUAUCAUAUCGUGUAAAGCUUACGUCUGAGAUCGCUGUUUCAGAUCUGUGUUCCUGUAUUUUAACUGAUCGAAAGCCUAGAAGUGAUGCUUAUUUCUAGAUCA